GUCGGAUUUAGGGCUUCGGCAGCAGCAACACUCGCCCCCUUCAUCAGCUCUCGCGCUCGCAUUAUCCCACCAGAACGGAAAAAUGGUGCAGCGGCUGACAUACAGGAAGCGUCAUAGUUAUGCCACCAAAUCCAAUCAACACCGCGUCGUCAAAACUCCGGGUGGGAAGCUAGUGUAUCAGACCACCAAGAAGAGAGCGAGUGGACCAAAAUGCCCUGUCACCGGAAACAGAAUCCAAGGGAUCCCUCACCUGAGACCUGCGGAGUAUAAGAGGUCUAGAUUGUCCAGGAACCGUAGAACUGUGAAUCGUGCCUAUGGCGGAGUUUUAUCUGGUUCUGCUGUCAGGGAAAGGAUCAUUAGAGCUUUCUUGGUGGAAGAACAAAAGAUUGUGAAGAAGGUUUUGAAGAUUCAAAAGGCUAAGGAAAAGGUUGCUUCCAAGAACUAGAUUCAAAGAUAAUUUUGAAAAGCAAUUUAUAAGAAAUUGUAUUGUGAGAUUUUCAAGAGCCUGUAUUUUCCAGGAUUCUUUUAUAUUUCGUAUUGAAAUUAUUCUGAUUGCUACA